AUUUCUGCUAUAGUAGUCCAUGAGUGUGUCGGAUCGCCUGUGUUAUAGGCUACUUCCUGUUUCGAGAGUCAGGAAGUUUUUUUGUUUUCUUUUUGCAUUUUAGAUGAUGACAGAACAAACAGUGUAGUUUCUUUGAAUUCUCUCUGUACCGCAGUAUGAACUUCGGAAAACUAUUCAAAUAAUACUUUAACUUUAUUUUAAAACGCAGGAUAAGUUCGAUCAUUCACGAUGGCGGAUCCUCAAAAGGAAACCAAACUGACAUCAGGCACAGGUGUUAAGCCCAAUGACCCUUCAAAACAUGAAUGGAUGAAAAUGAGAACGAAAAUCCAUUCAGACAAGGAGCCCACUGAGCUUUCAGAACUUGUGGAGAAGCGAAAAGAAAAAGACUACAUGAUCUCAAAGUCAAAGGCACUGCGAGUCAGAAUGAGGUCAUCUGAGGACCCCUUGUAUAAUCCCCUGAAUUUGGUUAUGAAAGCUCAAGGCUCAUCAACAGUUAGAGGGACUCCACGCAGAUAUUUUGGGAUGACAGAAUUUCAGGAGAAUGUACAUCAAUAUAAGCUGUCAAUCAUACAGAAGUAUGAGAGUGAGUGGAACGUCCUGUCUGGUGAAAAAGAGUCAUUGUCUGCCCUGUAUACUGAACCACUGAUCAUUCAGAAAAAUGAAAAUGGCAGCUUUAGGAACAUCAGUGUGGAUGAGCUCAUUCAGCCAUAUGAUUCAAAGAAUGUUAUUCUCCAAGGCGACUCUGGCAGUGGCAAAUCCUUCAUAGCACAGAAGAUCAUGUUGGACUGGGCAUCUAAACGGUUUCCUUAUGGACUAUUGGAGUAUUUUUUUGUAGUUUUCUUUCUGAGGUGUGAAGAGCUGAUGUGUAUUUCUGAGGAGAUGAACUUAACUGAGCUCUUGAGUUACAGCUGCAGUUUAACAUCAGAUCAGAUCACACAGAUGUUACUGCGGUUACCAGAGGGUGUGUUUUUCAUCAUUGAUGGAUUUGAUGAGCUGAAACUCACACAGGACAUUUAUGAAAUGUCAGCACACACUCAUCCACUUCAAAAAGCCCCACCUGAAGUCAUUCUUUGUGGCCUAAUUAGGGGAUACCUCAUCCCUAAGUCCAAACUUCUGGUCACCACCAGAACUAAGAACACUGUGAACAAGCUGCUGAAAGGUCGACAGAGAUUCACUGAGACCAGGUUCACUGAGAUAAUUUUCACUGAGAUCAUGGGCUUUUCUGCGAGUCAUGUGGAGAAGUACUUCCAGAAGUUCUUCAGGAAAGAGUAUGACUGUGUGAGAGCAAAUGAAACCCUGUUCACUGCCUGUUCCAUUCCUGUUAUCUGCCGGAUCAUCAGUGAGAUGUUCAGAGUUGGUGCAGAUGUAACAAGAGUACUGGAAACCACCACCUCCAUCUACGUUGAUUUUGUAUCCACUCUACUGAAGCAUCACUGCCAGGGUUUGAGUCAGUCCGUCCCGACCCUGCUGAGGAGUCUGGGUCAGCUGGCAGAGAGAGGGAUGCUGAAACAGCAGGUCUUGUUUGAUGAGAAAAGUGUUAAUGAAACAGUUUCAGACCCUUCUGGCAGUCAAUUCCUGUGCAAUUUCCUCUCUAAGAGAAGAAUCCACCAGGAGACAAUGUUCAGUUUCAUGCAUCUCAGUUUUCAGGAGUUCUUCACUGCUCUGUACUAUGUCCUUCUGGAUGAAGAAGAGUCCCAAAGGAAAGUGAGAGAGCUGCUCCACACUGUAGAGAGAGGAUGGGCUUUGUCCUGUUGCUCUGAUAGGGACUUUGAUGUAGAUGUAGCAGAUGUAGAAGUAAGACAUGCAAAGCUUCUGCAGCCUGUGAUUCUGUUCCUCUGUGGUCUCUGUCAGAAAGAAUGGUCAUUCUUUAAAAAGCACAACAUGACCGUCUCUGUCAACAUAGAAACCCAGCUUAAGGAAUGGCUCAAUCAGUGCUCAGCGAGAUGUCAAAAUGAACACAUCUUGUUCAUUCUCCAUUGUCUCUAUGAGCUCCAUGACAAGAGCUUUGUUGAGAAAGUCUUGAAAGGUUUGAUUUUGAUAGAUCUGUCUAAUAUUCCACUGAAAAGGACAGACUGUUGGGUGUUGAAGUACUGUUUACAGUGCUGUGAACACAUCAGAAACCUGAAACUCCAUGUAACAUCUGAUAAUCUGAAGAUGCUUCAACCUGAACUGUACCGCUGUAAAGAGCUGUGGUUGAUGAUGGAUCAAAUUUCAGAUGAUGUUGUUGGUUUGAUCUCAGCUUCUGGUAAAGGAAAGAUUCUGAAUAAACUCGGUUUAAAGCAGCCUGAAAAUCUUGGAAGUGGAUUUUACCCAGAGAUCACUGUGUCAGUCAGAGAUGAAGACAUCACGUUGUCUUUUAGCAGAUUACCGAUCACAUCAUUAACUUUAACCUGUCUGAGCUCAGCGGUUUCCAUCAUCAACUGGGUGAAUUCACACAAAGAGAGAAAGCUGUACAGACGUUUGGAUUCUGAGGUAAAGAGACUGUUUACAUUCCUGAAAUCACUGUCUGGUUUGAAGAAAGUCUGUCUGCGGGCUUUAGGUCAGACUGACAGCACAUUGACCCCUGAAAUCCUGUCCCUCAUUCAGGCCUGUCCCAGCCUGACUGAAUUCAGGAUAAAUUUCAUAAUUAGACUCAACUUGGAGAAGUCCCUGAAGGAACCAUUGAAGCAGAUUGGUUGGACUCUGACUGUCUGGGGAGAUUCAGUGUUGAUCAGGCCAGAUGGGAAGAAAUUCACAGUGGAGAAGAAAAUAAAGAGUGAGAGCAGAAGAGAGAGUUUAGAUUCUGUCUCUUGCUCAUCAUUAAAAGCUGAAUCAUCUUCAGCACAAUCAUCCUCAGGAGAUGCAGAAUUGUUCACACCUGAUCUACUUCAGACAGGAGAUAAAGACAAACACGAACAGAACACAUACAGGUUUGUGUGUCCACAUGCUGGUCAGUUUCGGUGCAGUCUGACCAACCUUGUGUUUGUGAUGGAGGGUGAAGGAGAAGUGCUGUAUAACAUUGUCUCAUGGGAUCCUCAUCUGUUAGAUGGUUUGGGUCAGAUGCAGCCUGCAGGACCCUUGUACAACAUUGACUGUUCAGCAGGUUCAGUCUCACAACUGCACUUUCCACACUGUGAAAUAUUCUCUGAGGAAAAUAAGGACGGUUUGGCUGUGGCACAUUUCACUGGUGGUACUGUAGAAAUAAUACAGCCACUCAAAGUGACAGAAACUCAUGUGAUCACUGACAUCAAAGAGCUCAGCAAUUUUGGCCUUGUCUCGAUAAAACGGAUAAUAAGUAAAAUUGUCUUUCGUAUUAGAGGCCAGGUUUUGCUCUUCCUUCGAACACUAUCUCUUGAAAUGAAAAAACUUAAUGUCCACUUGCUUCCAGAGAAUGUUCCAGUAUCAGAGGUCCAGAGCAGACACCAGGAUAAAAUAUACAUUGAGACAAGUUCAAAAUGUCACCUGAUUCUUAGUCAUAAAUACAGCCUGUGUUGUGAGCCAGAGGAAUGUGAAGUGCAACCAAUGACUGAGAAGUUUGAGUUUAAUUUUGGCUCAAACUAUCAUCCUACAUUUGAAGUGUUUCUGGAUGUCAACAUUGAGAAGGUCAGCCUGGUUAUUUUAGACAAAACUAAAGGUGGGAAGGAAGUGUGGAACAGACAACGAAUCUUUCUUACAGCACCAAGUAAAGGUGUAGAACCUCCAAAACCAGAAAUUGAAUUUGUGAACACACACGGAGGUAAACUCAUUCAGAGAGUUUCAUCAGUGAUGCCGAUUGCUGACAGUUUGAAGAGCAAAAACAUGAUCACUAGUGAAAUUUGGGGAAAGAUUAAAGCUGCGGAACCAAAACAGCAGAAAAUGAGAGACUUGUUGGAAGCUCUAGACUCUGGAGGAGAUUCUGUAAAAGCAGAAUUCUACAGACUGCUGAAGGAGAAUGAACCUCAUCUAGUAGAUGAACUGGAGCCUGGACCCAGUAGACCAUCACCACAGUAAUGCUGAGAUUGAGUUUGAGGCAUAAAGAGCAGCUCCACCGUUAUUAUACUGUACAUGUUUAUAUAUGUACAUGUUGUAAUAUUCUGUUUUUCAAAUUUUAUACUCUAUAUAUACUCUAUAUCCAGAUAUAAAAUAGAUUGUAAUCCCCCCAACCCCCCCUUUGGUCCUCACUGUAUUAAUUCGUUUUGAUUGUGUCGAUGUAUUACUCUCGUUUUACUCUGUGUACGGCUACAUUUUUUGGGGGUGUGUGUAUGAUGCUGUUACUGUAUGACAUAUUGGUGUGGGAAAACACAUGGAUCAUAUUUUUCUUUUUUUAUUUUACAUUUUUAAAAGAUGAAAAAAACAUAUAAAUGAAAAAUAGAGUUAAUAUUAAACAA